GUCAGAUUGUGCAAACAGGGGCAGUUACUCGAUAUAAAGGUUAACCAGACUGUCAAAGGCCCUACAAAGGUUUUCAUUCGUUCGUUGAAUCAUUCAAGAUGAGGCUAGAGGUGUUGCUUUUGGCGUUCGUCGCUACGGUUUACUGUGAACCUUUCGUUGAGGAGCAAGACCCUUUGUUAAUGGAUCAGGAGGAUCACGCAACGGAGAAACGGCAUCAUAAUUAUUAUUGUUUGGCGAGAGGAUGUUACUACAAUGGGCAUUGCCCAAGCGGUUAUUACUGCCAUAGAUAUUACCGCCGCUGUUGUCGACUUAACCCGCGUAGAUGCUCUCACAAAUCGCACUGUUCUAGCUCGCAGUGCUGUGCAAAGUACUCGUACCAGUAUUAUGGAUACUGUAGAAGCCUCAAGCAACCGGGAGGAUGGUGUCCAUGGAAGGGACCUGACGGUUACAACUGUGGCUGUGGACAAGGAUACACUUGUCAGAGAUAUGGGUCGAAUUACUACUGGGGGAAGUGCGUGGCUAGUUGUUCCAGAGACAGUAGCUGCAAGAAAACAGAGUGCUGUUCUGGUCGUCGUUGCAAACCACGGAAGGGGGCAGGAAAAUACUGUCCGCGCAAAGGGGCCGAUAUUUACCACUGUGGCUGCAUCGAGGGAUAUGAAUGCCAGGACGCUGGAGUGGGAAAGUACUGGGGCAAAUGUGUAAAGGUUGCGCCCCCUACCGAGGAGCCUGGAUCUGGGCUCGGGGAAUAGCCUCGUCAUCAUGCUGAGUCCAAUCGAGCCAGCGAUACAUUUCAAAUUCGCUCAGUUGGCAACAUUGGUGUAAUAUUAAUUGCUUUAAACAAAAAGGGGAUAAUAAAACAUGGCAAAUGAAA